GAAUGCGGGUCCAAACCCGAGCACCCGACCUAUUACCCAUCUUCAUCCACCCAGGCCCAGGCCCAGGCCCAAGCCCAGAGCCAGCAUCACUCCACGUCUCCCACCCAAGCCAACUCCCAACGAAACGAUCGAGAGCAGUCGUGCUGCGAGAAUCCAAAAUCUCCGGCGAGAAACCCCGGGGCAGCUUUCUCGGCUGCAGAUUUGCAAAUGGAGUACAAAAAACUCAAAGAUCAGGAUAAAGAUGAUGCAGCUGGCGAAGAUUUGGAGAGCUUACGCAGAAAAGCGUUCUCAGGUGUUCCUGCCAUUAAUUUGGGUAGCUCAAGUGAACGGUCCAAAUGGAAGCGCAAGUCAAUUGUCACACUUGCGUUGACGGUUCUUACAAGUUCACAAGCAAUACUCAUCGUAUGGUCCAAGCGAGCUGGAAAGUACGAGUACAGUGUCACAACGGCAAACUUUUUGGUGGAGGCUUUGAAAUGUGCAUUUUCACUUGCGGCCUUGGGAAGAAUAUGGAGUAAUGAAGGUGUUACUGAAGACAACAGGUUGAGCACAACACUAGAUGAAGUUAUUGUUUACCCCAUUCCUGCUUUGCUCUACCUCAUUAAAAACUUACUUCAGUAUUACAUCUUUGCAUAUGUGGAUGCUCCUGGUUAUCAGAUUCUGAAGAAUUUAAAUAUUAUCAGCACCGGUGUUUUAUACCGAAUUAUUCUUAAGAAACAGUUAAGUGAAAUUCAGUGGGCAGCUUUCAUUCUACUAUGUGCAGGGUGCACCACAGCACAACUUAAUCCUUCUUCUGAUCAUGUUCUACAAACUCCUUUUCAAGGUUGGGUGAUGGCCAUUAUAAUGGCACUUCUUAGUGGUUUUGCGGGAGUCUACACUGAGGCUAUAAUUAAAAAGCGGCCUUCAAGAAACAUUAAUGUGCAGAACUUCUGGUUGUAUGUAUUUGGGAUGGCCUUCAAUGCAGUUGCUAUACUGAUUCAAGAUUUUGAUGCAGUCAUGAACAAGGGGUUCUUCCAUGGAUACUCAUUAAUUACAACUCUCAUGAUCAUUAACCAUGCUCUCAGUGGCAUUGCUGUAUCCAUGGUAAUGAAGUAUGCUGACAAUAUUGUGAAGGUAUAUUCCACUUCAGUGGCAAUGCUUCUAACAGCAGUUGUUUCAGUGCUUCUAUUUGGGUUUCAUCUCUCCCUCGCUUUCUUCCUUGGAUCGACUGUGGUAUCUGUGUCAAUAUACUUGCAUUCUGUCGGGAAGCUGCAAAGAUAGUGCAACUGAUCUGCCCACCUUGGCCAUCUUCUCUCCGAGUGAGUAGUAGAGCUGCCUAAUUUGGUGCAUGUUAUAAGAAGGGAAGGGAUGUCAAAUGUAAUAUAGGAGCACUGUGUAGUUUUUGACCUAAUUUGGGUAUUGAAGAUUGAUUGUUUCUAGCUUGUGCAAUUUCAUGAAUGAGUUGGGAGCUUGACUUAAUUGGUUUUAGUUCUACUAAUAAAGCUUUCUUUAUUUUUAUUUUUA